GUAAGAAAUAUAUUAAUGUUGACAAAUUUAGAAGUACGUACAUGUAUAAGAAUUAAAGUAGCAAAAAUUAAUUAUAUAUUUAAUACGAUAUCAAUAAAGGUUAUAUUUUAGUAAAUUAUGAAUUUUAUCUAUAAAUGAACUACUUUUUGAAGAUUUAAUUUUUGAAUUACAAAAAAAAACAUCCAAGAUGAAUAAAAACUCGUAUAGAGCAAAAAACAAGGCACAUUUUCAAAUACCACCGUUUGCUAAACCUCUUAGAGUACUACAAUUGGUAGUAUUACUGACUUUCUUUAGUUUCGUUGUUUAUAUGACUAAUUUGAUUUUUCGAAGCGAAACUAUCAUUUCUACAUUGACAAUUAUUUUUUCCAUCAUACUUCUUGUCUUGACAACAGUUUUUGUAUUUGUUCUUGCUGUGGAUAUUAUUAAUCAAUUUGACAAAAAUGGCCUGUCAGAAACACCAAUGGCUGGUUUCAGUUUUGUGGGAUUUUUACUAUUUUCAAUGACAUCGAUUAUAAUAAUAUUUUAUAUGAUCAACAAUGACUCAAGUUGGGUGAUAAUAAUGAUUCUAUGUUUAUGUGUAAUUUCCACGAUUCUUUUUCUCUCAGAUUUGAUCUUAUGUUUUAGUUACUGGAGAGAAAUGUAUUUGAAAAAAAAUAAAUGUUAUCCUCAAAUUACGGAAGAUUAUGAAUAUCCCGAUGUAGACAAUUUUCAUCAUUUAAAAGAUUCAAAAUGCAGGAAACAACCGAAAUGCGAUUUAUCAACGAGUAUUAGUAAUCUCAAUCAACCAAUUGAAUAUGAAGAUAACAAAAAUGACCAUAUUUAUAGAAAAAUUGGAAUGGCUACGCGAAGAGAAUAUGCAGAUGUUGCUGAAAAUACUCCUUCUCUCGCAACAGGAGAAUGUGUUCAAAUUCAAACAGAACCAAGAAAAAUUUUUGUUGCCGAAUCUCAGACUCACAAAUUAGAAGUAAAGGAAACUCCCGUCCAAACUUUACAUCAUUCUGAGAAUUAUUUACGAACAGAUUUGCCGUCUUGUAUAAUUCCAGCAACAAAUACUAUAUGUCCAGCUGUUCUUCAAUUAAUGAGAGGAGAAAUGGCAUCUCAAUAUUUGAGAAUUUGUAGAUGUGAACAAGGGCCAAUAAUGCAUGAGCAACAACAACAUUUACAACUUCAACUUCUUCAGUCAACUAAUAGAGAAAUAACUCCGUCAGAAUCAUUCAUGGAUCAAAAUAAAGGAGCAGAUAAGGCGAUCUGUUUGUGUCCUACUUUUGAUAGUGGCUUGUCAUCGCAGACAACAUCGCCGAAAAAAAUAUCUAAAUUAAGCGUAACCUCCGAUGCUAUUCGAAAUAAUAAUGUAGAAAAUAAUUUGAAAUCUGAUAUUUCCAAGGAAGAAAUAGAAAUUAAAGUGUCUCAUGUAAAAAAAGAAAAAUUACACAAGGAUGAGAAAAAAAAUGAGAAUGAGAAAACAGAAUCUUCUAUUGAUAAUAAUAUUCUAAGUGACAAAAAAGAAUUAAAAGAAGAUUUGGAAACUUUGCACAAAAAUCAUGUUCACGGGGAUAAUAAAUUGUCCAUGACUGAGAAAAUCAUUCAAAUGUCACAAGAAGCAAUAAAUAAAGCUGAAGAAACAUUAUCGGCUCCUGGAAGUUAUAAUAAACAGUUUAAAACUCCAGAAGAUUCAAUAUUCUCAACUGCCUCUUACUCAAAAUUGAGUUCCUCGACACCAAAUUCGAUUUUGUUUACUAAAAAAAAUAAAAUUGAACCCAUAGAUUUCAACAAUACAACUCCAUCAAUUAAAGAAACCAUUCUAAAAUUAAGACUACCUUUGGAAAAAUCACCAUUGGAUAAUAAAAUAAAUAAAAUCACUUGUGGAAAUCAAAAUGAGAAACAAUUUUCUAAAAUUGAAGAAAUAUGCUCUUGUAUUGCUCAAAAAAGAAAACAAGACCUAUGCACCAUUCAAGUUCAAUAUAUUUUUCAAAAUCGGAUGGGAAAAAUUGUUUGUGAAACGUGUGCAACACCAGAAUCGAUAAGAAUACCUCAAAAAUUAGCUUGUUCAGCAAAAAAGUGUAUUAAAUGUUAUGAAUGCCGUAAAGUACUCAGUCCACCCUGUAAAUGUUCCGCAUGUGACAAAAACUGAAAACAUUACCAAGAAAAUAGCAAAUUAUAAUUAAUAAUUGUAAUACAAAUUAUAAUAAUAAUAUUAAGCAACAAACAUUUAAUAAUAAUAUUCAAUAUAAUUGUACAUCAUGAAUAUAAAAUUCAUGAAUUAAUUUAUAUUUAUCAAUAAUAUAGAUUUAAAUAAAUAUACUAAUCACAACAAG